CGUACCUCAGACAGUGAUUCAUCGUUCGUUGGAAAGCUAGCUGCAAAGGAAUUCUCUUACUGAGAUGCGAUGUUCUCGCUUUUAUGCCUUCUGUAUCUGUCGUUGAUAAGUGUGUUUGUUGCACUCAUCACCUAUAUUAUUUUCUUCCGCAAGGUAAGCAAAUUUAAAAUUGUUUUAAAAAGAGAAUUUUAGACGGUCGAAGAGCAAGAUCAGCUGAGCGCUGACAAUGAUACGGUAAUUAUACUUGUUCAUGUGGCGUUUACCUAAACUGAUCUUUUUCCUUGCACUUUUCAGGGAUCUAUUCAUGAUAAAACUUCUGCACAGGAAAAAAUAAAGUUCAUCAAAAAGGUACCUGUUUUUUUGUUUUCUUUUUUUCUGGGGGUGAGAGAUUUGUUUACUACUCGAUCUGGUUCGAUAUUUUAACCCAGUACGCGGUUCUACAGUGUAUUUUAUUCGUCAGCAUAUCAAGUGUCAAGCGCUCAACCAUCUAAAACCCUCAGGUUAUGUUUGAUAAUUCAAAGAGACGUUCACGUGAAAAACAAUAGAGCUUAUGUCACUGUCAAUGAAUUUCUACGUGAAGGAAACUUAAUUCAUGGCUCGUUCAGGAUACGUAAAUGUGAGCUUUAACAGGCUGAUGUUGCAAAUUAGUUACAGUCAUAAAUUAUUAAGCCUUAAGGACAAUAUUACAUCAAUCGAUCAAUCGGUUUAGAUUAUCUAAAUUUCACAAAACAAGCAUCCAGAACAAAGAACAGUGGUGUAAUAUUUGAGCAUGUAAAUAGUAAAUAAACUUGAAGUGGUUCCACAGUCAUUAAUUCGCCCAGACUUCAGCUGUGUUUCUUUGUCACAUUAAUUCAUUAAUGAUCUGUACUUUUAUAUGACUUUUACUGACUUCUACAAUAUUCAUAGAAUUGGUAAACUUUUAGUGGAGUGGUAAUAUGAUCCUCAGUGUUGUGGGUCUGAAAAUAAUUAAAGAAUUUCAGUCUAUUGCUUAGGGUUAUUAAUAAAUUAAUCUUUUUUUUUGUUUGGGAAUGUUUGUGAUAAAAGGCCCUUGUAUCUUAUUAACAAUAGAUAGAAAAAAGGAGUUGUUGAUUUUGCCAUGUUUUGAAUUUACUUGCACUGAUUGUUCUAUGGUAAACAAGGUGUGAAAACACCAAAUAUGGAUAUACUAAAAAAAUUGCUCCAUAAAUUUUGCUAAAUGUUGAUAAAUCUUUUUGUUAGUUAUAUUUUGGAAGCUAUGAGUAUAAAAUUAUUUUCAGUUAGUUAUGAUUAUUUCUGAUAUUGUUUUUAGAAAAUAUUCCAGUCACAGAGCUUAGAUAUUGCUUUCAGGUUUGAAUGGGUCAUAUUUUUAGAAAUUAUGACAAUUUUUUGUUGCCACACUAAUCUUUAUAAUGAUAUGAUACUUGGAUCUAGUGAUUCAGCAAGCUCAGUUUUGUGGAUAAUUUUUGAAGAACAUGUGGUCUUACUCAUGAGAAACAUGAGAGACUUUAAUCAUAAAUUUAUGGCUUCAAAGUAACAUUUUUCUGACCAUAGGUUGGCAUGUUAACAAGUCAUCGUUCAUCAUUCAUUUCUCAUAGUCUUGUUUUUUUUAAAUCAUUUUCCUAGCAUGUUCCUCCCAAGGCCUCCAAAGGCUGGCAGCUGAAGUCUGUUGACAGUGGUUUGAGAAUCUGGCAAAAGGACUUGGGAGGAAGUGCCCCUCCCUGGAUGUCAAGAAUAAUUUAUGCAUGUUCUGGAAUCAUUCCUGCAUCCAAGCAGGUAGCUAUUUAAUAUAUACAAUUAGUACCUGUAUGUAAAAUAAUUUUUACAAUUGUUUAUAGACUGUGUGAUUUUAUGAGUUACUCUUCAGUCUUAUAUUAGUAUGUGUUAAAUGAAUUUUACAGAAAGGCAAGGUAGGGUGAUAUUUCUAGUGUUCCAUUUUAAAUUUGGUACACCUAUGUGAACCUCUCCGUACAGAGAAUUGAACAUGUAGGAGAGUUUAAGUACCUGGGAAAGGAGUCCUAAUUAUAAACUGAGACUGGUACAUUACUGACAGUAGCCAUUAUUAAAUAUCAAUAUUUUCUUGAGAUAUUAUGUAAUGUUAUUGUUUGAUGAGAGGAAGUUACAUGCAGACAAUAAAUCUUUUAUAAUUUUUUAUUAUAAGUUUGUUAUUUUGUCAAAGAAUUUAUCUAACUACAUGUGGCUCUCUUGAAUGUUACUGUAUAGGAGGUGAUGAAAGUCUUAAAACAGCCUUUUCUUUUGUUGGAGUGGGAUCCUUCAGUAAAGACUGUGUCGCAGGUUACAACCGGCAAUAAUCAGGAUGUUGUGUCAGUUUCUUUUAACUGCAGCAGUUUUUUGGCAAGAGCUGUGCUUCAGUUGAGGGAAAUGUUUGGUGGAGAGACAAAAGCAGUUUAUUCAAGGCAAGUAAAUUCUGAAAGUUUCAGUAUCCUUUUAUGUACAGGUGAACAUAGUCUGUAACUGAAAAAGAUUCUUGACUUGUAAUCAGCUUGCUAUCGUUUCAAACCCUUUUCCACACAAGAUCUGAUUGUGAAUUCUCCCUUCUUGCAUCUACGAAUCUCCUUAUAAAUUAGUUGCAAUAAUUUGGUGUUUGAUCAAGAUAUCAACUUCUACUGGAUAAGUCUGAGUAUUCUCAUUACCUGUUUGCUGGAUAAUUUAUGGAUAUUUUAGGGAGGAGUAAUAUUUUGCCACUUAUGGGAGUUAAAGGGCUAAAUGAUCUCAUGAUCUUUCUGUUUGUCAUUUUUAAUUUGUGUUUAAUAUAUAUCAUAGGCACUGGGAUACAGACUUGAAAACAAAGUCUGAAGCAUGGUUUGUUAGCUCAUUUGUUGAACAAGUCAUUCCAGCAGAAGGCUCCUUGUUGUCAUGCUUCUUAGUGUCAUCUAUGGACAAUGGUAAGAUGUCAAUAAUAAAAUUAACCUUUCCACAUAUAGUUGAUGUGUAUAUUGUAAGAGACAUGGUGGUUUUUACAUUUAGGCACACUGAACUCUGGGAGGAGGAGUCCUGGGUCCAACCCUAGCAUGGGUUACUGAGUUAUUUUUCUGGGUGCCAGACACUUUACCCUGAUGAGAUCUCUUUCCAUCCAGGAGUUAUAUAAAUGGGUAAUGCCAAAUUGUCAUGGAAUCUUGACAAAAUGCCAGACGUCUUACUCUGACUUCGUUGAUCAUGUAAAUUCAUGACAUAAAGGAACCAAUUAGAUUUAAAAUUAGUUGUGAUUGUUGUAAUUUGGUUCAAAAUUCUUUUGUUUUCAGGAGAUGAUGAGCCAAAUGAAAGUCUAGUCUCCUUAAUUGUGGCACCUGUAUCAGAACAUUUUGCAUUAAUACCACAAUUGACAGUAUCUCGGAUAGCAGGACUACAGGAUUUCUUUACUCAUUACAAACCUGAUCAGUCUCAUGCUAAUUCUGUUGGAUCAGAACCCAGCAACAUAAGUUUGUCUGGGAAUGACAAUCAUGUCACACAACUAGAAUCCAUUAACCAAACAGGUGAGUCAUGUCAGUAGUGUUUACAAUAAUAUCUGUGUGACUUGAUUGUGAUUUAUAUACUAUUCCAGGAUUAAACAUGUGUGAUACAGGUGGUUUGAUUCAAUUACUGAAUGGUCUCAUGUGACAAAGGUGGUUUAAUGCAAUUAUUGAGUGGUCUCAUGUCAGACAAAGGGAUAAGUUCACCUCAUGCCAUUUGAUCACUUAAAAAGUAGUAUCUUGUCAGAACUUCUUUAUCAGGCUGAUAAACUUAUAGAGCCCUACUAACAACACAGUUAUAGUAUGUAAUCACAGUAUUUUUAAAUGCAUUAAGCUUAGGUGACAUGUAAAGUACUGAUAAACAGUUCUUGUGUUCUCUUAGCAUCAGGAUUAGGUAAUGACACUGAUAAAAUGAUGAAAAAUGUUGCCUUUUUCUUUAUACAAGUGUUGUCAAUGAAUAUUUUGUUUAACUAUUAUUGAGAGUGGCAGUCUCAUUGAUCUGUGCAUCCAGACUGAUGAGCACAAGAUUGAUUAAUUCAGUCAGUCGCACCUUCUGUCUGGUGUCCUUAGGAUUUGUGAGGCGUGAGUGGCCCAGUGGUCAGAGCGCUGGACUCUGGGUCGGACGGCCCGGGUUCGAGUCCUGGAUGGGGCACUACAUUGUGGCCUUAAGCAAGUCGCUUCACCCACCUUGCUUCGUCUUCUCGGAUUAGACGUUAAGCCGGAGGUCCCGUCUCCUGCAGGGUUUGGGGUAGGAAACGUUAAUUUCCCACGCACGAGAUUACUGUGUGAUGGAUGUCCUCCCCUGGGUUGGGUUGGGUGGGUUUGUAACUUGUAAGGCGCAUCUGAAUAUAUUCAUAUAGAUAUUUGCACCGAAUAAGUAUUUAUUAAAUUAAAUUAAUUAAAGAAACACUUUCAGUUCUUAAAAGCUUUGUUAUGACAUAUGGUUAACAUGUGCAUUUUAAGACACAUCUCAGUGUGGAUGUAUGGUAAAUGGUGCAGUUUACAUGACAUUGUACACUUAAUUUUACUCCUGUUGGCCAGGGUAAAGAAUAUCAUAAAUUAUGUGUCACCAUUUAAAUUAGGAUCUAAACAUGCAACCAGAGGUUUGCUUUGAUUGUAUUGAAAUUUUAAUUAAUUCCCAGUGACUGUUAUAAGAUAGCUAAUUAAUGACACCACUGAGGUCAUUAAAAUUUCAUAUUAGUUAAGACCAGACUUUCUUCUUCCAGGUGUUGGUGAUUUACUGGGUGGAGCAGUUGACCUGACUGAUGAUAACAAAAUGAUAAAAAGGGUAUGUGACGGUACAAGGUAACAUGUCAAAUUUUACCUUGAUACCAGCCUUAGUAACUUUUGCCAUGAUACAAGAUACAGUGUAAACCCACUUCUCCCUCAUGCCUGUCACAUGUAUCAGUGCUAGUUCACCACGGUUGGUGUCAGUACCAGUGCUGUUAAGUCUGUUCAUUUUCUCAUGAAAUCGUACAGCAUGAGAUUCAUGACACCAAAGGACAAUCACUUGUCAUGUUAUCAUUUUUAGCAACUAGUGGACUUGAGCAGGUAGGACAUGCCUAAUUUAUGUCUUGAGAUGGAGAGAUAUAAAGACAGAUUUGUAAAUGUGACACAAAAAGAAGGAGUCGUUAGGGUUAAGGAACUAAAUAUAAGUCUUUCCUGCACCCUCGUUUUAAUAGAAGUUUUCCUUUCAACAUUAAAUAGUAAUAUCACAUUUAAUUGUGUGAUUGUGAUUUAAUUUUGUUAAGUUAAUAAACUGGAGAAGCUUCAAUUAGUUUUUUUUUAAUUUUGUAAAACUUGCUUAUCAUGUUAUAUUUCUUCUGAAAAAAUUAACAGGGAAAAGAAAGUGUUGUUAGUGACUCACAUCUUCCAGAAUUCCUCAGAAGGUGAUAAUCCUUUUUCAUUUUCAUUUUGAAGGGAGUGUUUAGUAAAUAGUUGAAACAAAAGAGAGAUUUCAUUUGAGUUAUAAUCUAGCUAGCACUAAUAAGACACCUGCACUGCAAGCUAUUACCACACUUUUGUCUAUGAAUCCUCCCCACCACCUCUCUUCAAAAGUUGACAUAAAUCUUAGUCAUACUCUUUCUUUGGCAUAUUUGUUGUGGUUUUGUAAACUUUUAUUGAAAACCACAGAAAAAUUUCCACCACACUAUUUUCACACAUUGCUUUUAGAAUUACACAUUAAUUUUAAUGGAAUGAUAUAUCUUUUUCUUAUCAGGAAUUGUUAAAUGUCAAUUUUCAAAGAUUGAGUCUGCUUUCUCUUUGUAAUUCUUUAAAUAAUCAAUUCUUUGAAUAAUUUGAUGAAAUUUGUCUUAUUUUCCUGUGCCAGUGAGAGUUUGGAGGGAAUGCUCCAAAAAGUGAUGGACAUCUACCAGGUCACUGAAGGAACUGACAACUGGAUUUCUCAAGGGAGUACAAAGUAUGUUGAAAACUGUUUUGAUUGAUGUGCACAUGCCAUAGUAUACAACACAUUAUAAUAAAGCUCAGAUAUAACACAUACUGUCAUUGGUUGAAAGAGCGUGCUCUAUGAGAGUAUAGAGCAUAGAACUGAGCUAAAGCUGUCACGCCAUCUGCCAAAUCGUACUAUGUCUGACCUUUUCCAGGACUUCUUUCUAGCUUUUCUUUCGUUAAUUGAAAGUGAAAUUUCGGAACAAGACCUACACUUCUUUCGUGCUCUAGCUGCUUCCUGAGUGCUUUACAGCAGAACAGAGCACAGUUAAUUCAAGUGUGGUACCAUCUUCUAAGGAGUUAAAUUGCAUAAAAAUGGUUGAUUUCAGUUAAAAUUAAAUGACAGGUGUUUACUUCAAGUGUCCUUUGUACAGAUCUGUCUGUUUUGGAGAGGAUAGGAUAUUUCAUUUUGUUGAUAAAAGCAUUCAUCAGCAGUGGUGAUAAAUCAUGCAAGGGCUUUUGUUUCUCGCGGGCAUGAAGAGAAUAAUGAAAUUUACUGAUACUAGCUAGGGAAAGGCCAUAAAGAAUAUUUUCUAUGUGUAGACUAAAAUGAGUGUUAUAAUAUACAUUAACCCUUUGCAACACUCCUUAAGGAAAGGAUAUUGUGAAUAUCCGCUCUAUUCUCUGCAGAGUGACAAGUAGGAAGCUAUUUUAUGGACUCCGAGAUGACAUACUUUACUUGUGAAACUACUCCUGCUGCUUAAUAUUUAAUCAAGGAUUUACUCAUCUUAUGUUUCUUAAGGGGUCUGGAUAUUCUAAAACGACCACCUAUGGCAGGAGAGCGACCUUGGGACUGCUAUAAAGCAACUUCAGUGAUAAAUGUGCCACUUGACUACAUUUUGGCCUACAUUUACGAACUGGAUUUUAGAGGGGAGUGGGACGACAUGUUCCUCAAAGGUAUUCAAUAUCAGUUUCUUGUAAGCUGCCAUGACUGAUGUUGUACAACAUUACAAACAUGAGAUUUCUUAACCUCAUUUAACCCUUUAACUCCCAAGAGUGAUCAACACAUAACAUCUUCCCAUAAUAUCCAUACAUUAUCCAGCAAAAAGGUCAUGAGAUUACUCAGACUUAUCAGAUAGAAGUUGUCAUCUUGAUCUAACACCACAUUCUUCUAACUAAUUUACAAGGAAAUGUGUAGCAGCUGGAGGGGAGAAUUAACAUUCAGAUAUUGGGAGUUGAAAGGGUUGAACACCAGACCCAAAAUUCAAUGAAACAAUGUUAAUUGUCGUCCAAUACCUGCUUGAUAAAGCUUAAUGGUACAUCAGCUCAAGAAGUGGCUCUGCUUGGCUUAUGUAAACGGUUGAGAAUGAACUUAUGUUGCCUAAUUUGAAGCAAAAAAGAAAGAGGAUUCUACAUCAGACCAAAAAUGGCAGAAAUCUAUUUUUUUAUUGGUGGUUGUAGCACUCAGCUGAGUUCUGUGAUGCUUCAUAUCCUCAGGCUCUUUGCCUGUGGUGAAGGUGCAGUUUUUCUAAGAAAGCACAGAGUGUUUCUUUGAAAAAUGUUCAGCUGCCAUCUUUUAAUUUUAAUGUAGAGGGAGAUGGGGGGAAACAAAGACUUAAACACAACAAGCUUGUAAUGCUUACUAGCCCUCUCCAACAAAAAUUCCUGCACUACAGACUGAAAUGCUCCAGUUUGGAUUAAAGUCAAAAGGUGCUACCUGAUUUUUUCCUUUUUGUUUACCUCUUGUUGCCUAAGUCUUGUAACCAAAAUCAUUACUUUAAGUGUUCCACAUUAACCUAUCACUCGCCAAAAACCAGAUUUUCACUGUCCUUGCAUUGUUCAAUAAGUACAUUCAUCUCAUAAAUGAGACCCUAACUUUACUCUGGUGUUGACUUCUGCACUAAAUUUGAAAUGUCUUAAAAAAGGAAAAACAAACAACAACCAAAUCGAGUCGGAAUCAAUUGUAAACAAGCUGUGAUAGAAUCACCUAGGGUCUAAAGUUUCUCAGGUAGAAAAAAUCGUGCAUUCCCUUGCAAUCAGCAUCAGUUGGGCUAAUUAGUCUAGGGUACUGCAUUCGGAUGCCUUCAUUAGCUUUCCUUUGGUUUGAAUAAAUGAUAGUGCAGAUCUAAAGCGAAAGAUAAGCUCCUGUUAGGAUCCUCUUCCAGCCUAUUUACUUCCAGCUCUCUGAUGAUAAAAUCUUCUCCAUAAAUUUCAUUCCUAAGCUCUUCAGAAAUGCAGGCUGGUGGCCUUGUUCCUCGGUCAACUUUAUAGUAAUGGCUUUCUAACAUAUAGUUUCCAUCGCUUGCGAGAAGUGAACGCAUCUUUUUCGUGUAUCGUUUGCCAUUAUCGUUGAAUGCAGGAGCAACAGCAGACAAAGAUCCGCGGUCCCAAAUAGCGUCAAAUCUGCCACCGACAUCAUCUUCCGUAACACUGAACAGAUUACAGCAAAAGAUUGUGAUAUCCUUUUCGUUGCACUUGUACUUGUCCACAGGUUCGCUUUCCGCGGCCAUUUUAACGAUUUCCACGGUGAAACUCAGAUUAUUUUCUAAGAAAAAAUUUUCUAUUGCUUUUUUAGCAACCUCUACCCCUAUUACAGCGUGUCCUUGGUCGGCUAACCAUAACAUAUCAACUGACUUGCCGCAGAGAGGCACGAAUACACGCACUUUCGCUCUUCCACCAGUGAGCUCGUCAACAUACUUAAUUAGAUAUGCGUUUACUUCUUGCCGAUGCCAGCCAGUAUUCCCUUCCUUCCAACGAUCGGUCCAAUAUUCAGCUUUAGUUGAAUCCUUUUCUUCAGACAUUCUUCUACAGUUCUGCUGCUCCGGUGCUAUUCGAUUUCACGAGGAAAUGUUCUGUCGUUACGUAAUGGCGACGGCUUGGUAACCACGCAUUUUAGAGUACCCCAGCAAGAAUUCGGUCCCAGGCAUUUUCGGUGUCUGCUGUCAAUUUUGCCUCACCUCAUAUGCCACUGACUGGCAUUUUACCUUCAGUCAUCUUGAGACUUAACCCCAUCUCAUAUUGGAGAACGAUUGUUGGUUUAAUUUGUGUUAGUACAACUGCUCUGGUGAUUAUAAAGGUGUGCGCGCUCUGAUUGUUCGAGGAUUCCCUCGUAGACGAUACCAUAACCGUUAAAUUAAGAAUCGGUUAAUUGUAAGCGUGAUUAUAUAUCGAGUUAUGGAUGGAUGAGUGACAGGAAAUUUGGAGAGCAUGCGACAAGCGCAAGAGUUGCUCGAGAAGUCGCACAAUAAAUUCUAGUGGUAACUGGCUGCCAUUCUUGAUAGAAGUAAUCAAAAUAAUUUUAAUGAAAGACACGAAAAGUUUUUUUUUAUUUACAGAACAGUUUCGACAGCAGAAUGAAUUUACAACAGAAUUCGAAAGUACCGGAGCAAUUAUAUUACGGCAAUUGUUCACCUUCGAAUUCGGCGAAUAAUCGUGAAAUAAUCUGAUGUAUUACUUUUACAGGCGAAACUGUGGAAGAAAUUGAUCCAAUUACAAAGGUAAGUUUCGGUUAAGAUGAUCUUUGCAAGUAUCAUUCAUUUCGGAUCAGGGAUUAUAAAAUUUUUUUUUACGAAAAUUUGACAGUUUCUUGUUGUGUCACUUGCUCUGAGCGUCACGCAAUGGUUGUGUCACUUGUUUGAGCGUCACGCAAUGGUGCUGAAAAAAGACAAACUUUUGGAAAGAAGCACAGGACAACAACUUGCAAAUCAUGCUUUUUAUUCGUUAAGUGAAGUGAAUUAGAUAUGAAUGUUUUUGUUUUAACAUCGUAUUGCCUUAACGCGAAAUUUUGCCUCGAUCCUCACAACUUUUCGUCAUUCUUUCAGGUCAACCGACUGGAGUACAAACCACAAUGGCCAGCUAGCGGUCGGGACUUCUGUGUCAUAGCUAUUCUCCGAGAGAUUGAUGAAGGCGUAAUUGCCGUGGCUUCUGAGGCGGUGUGUGCUUUAAGCGUUAUUUUUUUACGUUUUAUCAGCUAAAUGAAACUCUUUUUAUGGGAGUCCGGCAGCUUAGUGUUAAGCAUGCUGAAAGGCGGAACGAUUGAUUCGUGUACAUUGUUUUAUAUACUUGGACAAGACACCUUACUGUUAUAGUGACCCUCUGACUCCCACGUGGUUAUGAAUAGGUAUCCGUGCACUGAGCGAGAUAUCCGGUAAAUCCCUAUAAGGUAGUCUAUAAUGGGUGGGUGGUCGUGGGAGACGCCGCCGGUGGCUGGACUUCAGGUCGAAAGGGUCUGGGAACGAAAUCUGGCCGGGUCUCUGUGUUGUGUUCCUGGGCAGAAAAUUUCACUUCAACUUGCCACUCUCAUACCAAGAAGUAGAAUGGUACCAGCGAACGGCAGGAAAACCCGAUGAAAAGAUAAGGGUGGGGUAGGGGAAGUAGGGGGGGGGGUAACCCUGGGACGAACUAGCGUCUCUUGUGCUUUUCUCCUCCUUUGGAGUUGUUAACUUGAAAUAAUUUUUUUUAAUGUUAAAAAGGCGGAGACAUUUCAGAUAGCUUACAGGGGAAAGGAAAUAGAGCUACAGAGCUUGUGGAUACUAAAACUUGCACGCGGGCCCUGUAACCAGUACCUGUGUAUAGAUGGUCGCGAAUAGAAAUGUAAAAGCUAGUGCACAGCUUUUUAGGCCAUAAAUGACAUAAUUUUUCUGUAAUGUUCGCAGGUCGAGCAUGAGAGGUGUCCCGAAAAGAAAGGAAUUGUUAGGUAAAUAAUAACUUAUAACUUUUAAUACAAGGCUCGAUGUCUUGUCCGUCUCUGUCACCGACAGGGCUUUUCAGGACAAUAGUCCAUUUUACAAUUGUGUGCUUGGUUGCCAAGCCUUUGAAUAGGAGUGAGGCUAAGGGUGACCUUGUUAUGAUACAAACCUUGCUGCUUUUCAAAUGUAAAUUACUUUGUUAUCAUGCUGACUAGAUACUGGUCUCUAUCUCAACAAGGUCACCUUCAGCCUCACUCCAAAUCAAGGCUUGGCGACUAAGUGCACAACUGUAAAAUGGCCCAUUCUCACUCGGUCGAUCAGACAGUUAAAGCACCAAGCAUUACAAAGGUGUACAGUGGGGCCCUCCUUUUUGAGUGAAUGCAAUUCAUAGCAAGUUACUGCGUUUGUGUCUGUUGUUUUAUCCUUGUCGUGAUGAAGGAUAGUAAACAGUGAAGAUUUUUCCGAGAGACAGAGAAGUGUCCUUAAUCUCUUUCACUUCUCGAGUACAAUAGUCGUCUCACUCCUCCUUUGCUUGGCCCUCUUGCUCUAUAUUACGGAAGAAAAGAUUGCUAGAAGUCGAAUGUUGAUCGUGCUAACUCGUGCGAUUGUUGGCCAAAACUCCCUCCAAAGUCGUCUUGCUAGUAGAGACAUGCCUGGCUCUGAGAGGAAGGCGCCCGGUCUUCUAAAGGGAAUGAUGAUGUCUUCAAAUUGAGCUGUUUCAGCCUUUGUAGGCACACCAAGGGUGCAGACCUGAUGGCUGCCUUUUUUCUUUAUUUUACCGAUAGCAGGGAAACCGCGAUCAGUUUUCCCUCGAGAUGACACAGGUGUCUUCUUCAGAUGAAGUUAUCCGCGUCUCCACGUUUAAGGCGACUCUCGCUCGCGAUAUUAUGCUAACUUGCAUGGCCGAUCGCGUGAGAUACAAGCAAUCGCGCGUCUAAUAUAUUAAUGGUGGUGUUUGUUGUUUCAGAGCGGAGAUAAUCACGGGCGGUUUUGUGGUUAAAGAACUGAGUAGUGAUCCUCCAAGUUACGUUGUAACGUACAUGACUCGCGUUGAUUUAAAAGGUAAGUAAAAGAGCUUUUUGUCUAUGCAAUCUUCCCAGCUAUUUCCACGCGUGGACAAAUGUGGGAACAGGUUUCCUUUGCACGGGAGUUCUAUAACACACUCGGGGCUUUUAAAAUGUCCUAACGGUUUUGAGAAAGGGUUUUGAGAUCCGUGGAAUUAUGAUUAGAACUCAAUGUAACUUGUCACUAUGGCUGGGAGUUUUUCAAAAAGUCGUGGAAGCUAUGGUGCUACUACAGGCGGAACUGAUUAAAAAUCAAACAUUUUGAGACCACGGGUUAAAACAAAAACUCUUUUAUGAUACAUAGAUUUAAAAUUGAGGGUUCCUCUCCUUAAUUUGCGAAGGUUAAGCGCUUAUCGGGGGUUCUUUACGUACGUUUCAGGAAAUCUACCCGCUCGUCUUGUGAACAGAGUGCUAUCAUCUCAGCCUCAGGCUCUCGCUAUUUUACGAGAUAAACUCGAGGCUUGUUAUCAAGCUGAAGUGGAGGUUGACGGCUUGGACACAUCACAACUUCGAAGAGAAGGCGCUGAAUUAUGUACGGCGUUAAUGAAAGCCAAAUCGUCUCAACAACCGCAGCCGGAUGUUGAAAGGGAGGAGAAAGUGUCUUUACAAGGCUGGAGCUUACUUGAGACGCAAGAUACCGACAGUGUGCAUUCUUCUGAAAUGACGGAUAGGUUCGACCCAAAUAAUAUAUCGGUAAGAAGGACACAGGUUUACCCUGUAGUUUGGUUCGAUAGUAGUCGAAAGAGCCUGUUCACAGUGUUCUUGGGCAAAAUACGUUGAUCACACGGUGCCUAUCUCCACCCACAAGAAUGAAUGGGUAUCGAAAACCUACAAGGUAACUCCUCGAUAGACUGGCAACCUGUCCAGAGGGGGGGGAGUAGCCAGUGGCGGAUCCAGAGCUUGAGUUAAGUUGGGGUCCAGUUUUUUUGUCGCUUACCCUGCCGACCUUUCUUCCUUUUACGAUUCUUUCUUUCUUUUUUUUGUUCUCGGAUUUGUUGUGGUCGUAUUGGUAUUGUUUCGACGGUGAGACGAGGUGAAGGAACGUGCUAGAAGAAACUAAGGAGUUCUGCAUAGCUUUAAACUAAUUAUGGCUGGCUCUAAAUGCUUUUCUUUUCUGUAUCAUUACCACUAUUGUUAACGACCACCAAUCGGUUUGGAUUAAUCUUAAGUCUAGUUUUCUACAUGAUCACUUUGAUCGAAAUUACGGCCAAAAUUUUCGAGACGAUUAAGGCGACCUGGGCAAUCCUACGGAACAAGGCCCAGGUACGAGCUCGGCUCAACCCUGCGUACUUCGAUCUUCGCGAUUGUCUCGGCCGCUAUUGAUCUUAAGGCCUAGUUUCCAUAAAAUCAUCUCGAUCGCUCGAGCCUGAGGCGAUCGUACGUAGUACACUGUAAACAAGCUUGCUAACGUUGACAACUCUUAAUGUAACUUUUCAUUUUUACACAUCAGCAAGACUCAGGGGAAAUGUUUCCAAUUACAGACGAACAAACGAAGUUGUCACACGGUAAGAGACAGAUACAGGUCAUUUUUUCAGUAUGUUGAAUUCAUAACGCUUAGGAGUGACCCUUCCAAAGAGUCCAGAAGAAUUCGGUAAAAGUGGAGCGGACAGAUCUCAAAUUUUUUGCCGAUACAAUCUUUUUAAAUUUUAAUCAGCUUUCUUUGAGCAUGCUUUGAGUUUCCUGUUUUUUUUUGCUUGCAAUUUAAACCGAUAUUGCAUUGAUUUAUAUGCUUUCAUGAUAUGCCUCCAUGACUACUUUGUAGAUGAUUGUAAAAAAUGCUAAGAAUAGAAAAGUAUUCAUUCUCACCACAUUGUUUUGCUUUGACAGUGGACAGACAUCAAUUGGAUUAUCGAACGCUUAGCAAUCAAGCGGCUGCCAACCUUCUAGGGGAGGUAAUAACUAUGUUAUUCAAAAGAUAUGAUUGCACUCCAACUCCAUACCCAAGCAUCUUUUGCGUCAACCAUACUUUUUAUACUUUCCAUCGUAACCACAUUAAGAUCUUCCCCUUGAGGUGAUGGAAGUCCUGGGCCUCGCCCUAGUAUUAGUUAUACGAGAUGACAAACCCAUAGGGUUACGCUCAUUGAAUACUUCAAACUGAAAAGAGUCCUUACUGAGUUUGUUUUGAGCUGAGGAAACCUCAUAUAUACUUGGCAGAUGCGCAAGAUUUUGAGGACGUUUCUCAAAAAAGUAGGUUCGAGUCAUACAGUUUUUUCAGUUAGAACGCGUUUUUGCCAAUUUCUCCUCUUUCGUUGUCAAAAAUAUUAAGGAUGAGAAAGUUUUUAGUGUCUUUUACUGUAAGUGGAUAAUAGUUUAGAGACCGGAGCUCGAGUUAGAGCAUUUAGUAUUAAUUGAGUUGAUAACGUAAAUUGGCCACCGUGACGAGUUUAGAAGCUGACGUUUCGAGUGUUAACCAUUCGUCAGCUCGAAACGUCAGCUUUUAAACUCUUUACAGUGGCCAAUUUACGUUAUAAACUCAGUUGAUAGUACUAAGUUACUCUGUUACACGCUCGCACCGACGCAGUUUCUUUAGAAAAUUACCCCCUUUAUUCAUUAUAAAACUGUUGUCAAAGGUUUAGCAUAUUAACAAAUCUUUUGCUUAAUCUGAUAAUCCCUAGAAUGAAUGAACUUAGUUAAUUUUUUUAUAUGCCUAGGUACAACUGGCUUCUCAAGUAGAGAUAUCGGUGUCAGAAGAGAUGGGUGGGCAGGCCAGUCAGGGGAGAGAAGGGGAGUGGAGGUACGUCGUGAACGUCACUCGUUAGCUUGUCCGAUUUGGUUUUUUUUGUUCACAACACAGUACUCACACUGCGCGGCAGAGCGAGCGCCGGAGUCGGUGCACUAUUUAGAGCUGUUUUUAAUUUAGCCGCUUAAAGGAACACAAUUUUUUCGCGCGACGCAGUCAAUUAUGUUUCCAGUAUCAUUGGAAUCUUUUGAAGAUCUGAUUAUCAGAAAAUAGCAGCGAGCCAACACAGCGACAUGAAAACUGGAAACCAAGUUAAAAUUGGGGACAGCUGUUUCGAGCUGGUUGAGUCUUGCCAACUUUACUCAAUUCACACAACCUGAGAUGAAAUUAAAACCCAAUCUGCGUUUGUCACACAAUGUUUCACUAUUCAUCUUUGCGGUGGUUUGAUGUAGAAAUCAGAUCAUGAACAUGUUGCUAAUCUUUGAUCAUCUCUCUGUUUUUCCGAAUAUUUACGAGCUUUAUUAUUUUUCCACGAGUUACCCUUUCUAUCGCAACUUGCUCUCUCUCUUUGUUUUCUUUUAGUUAUCGUAGCAUCGAAAAAGACGUCGUGAUAUUACAGAAGACAGGAGAUAAGAUUCACAGGUUAGGACAUUUUGUUCUGGAAGGGUCUUCUUUUUAGUGAAACAACUGCUUUAGCGAAUUCGGAAACGCCUUCCUCUUGAGUGACAGUCUGUCGUCGAGACAAAAAACCGAGAUGCAAGAACUAAUGGUGAAGAAAUCCGCUAUGGAGGUUAAUUUGAUCGUCUAGUCGAUAAUCAGCGACUUAUUUUACAUUUCCACCCACCCAGUCAAGUAUUGACUGAGCGAGAGAGCGAGCUAACAGUUGUUAAGAAACGUUUGAAGGUCUCUUUGUGUAAUGUUCCCCAGGUCUUAGAUAUUAUUUGACGUCUGGGUUAUGCGGUUUAUGACUUUCUAUGUAUUUGCAGUUUUCUUGGCAAGGGAAUGAUCAAAGCGAAACCGCCAACAGUUUAUGAAGCGGUGCGGAAUCACAUGACGCGUCACGUGUACGAUAGAAUGCUGAAGGUAACUAUUUGUGGCCUUUCCCAACAUCUAGACAGUUCGCAAAGCAGCAAAUUUCUAGAACAAAAAUUUAUCUUUCAAAUCGGCACUUUUAAUACCUACGAGUUUCAUUCAACUAAUUUAUUCUUGUUUUCUUGUCACCACAUUCCCACCAGUAGCGUAACCCCAAUUUCUGCAUAUAAACCCGCACACAACCCUCAAUUCCUCCAAUCGCUCUGACGACGGGCUUGCGCUCGAAACAUCAGCUUUUAAACUCUUCAGCUACGGUGGCUAAUUUACGUUAUCAACUAAGCUGAUUACUCUUUUACAUUUGAGUGUUUGGGAUAUGCGGCUAUCUUUAGUUGAACGUCCUAUUGGUACGUCACCGUCGUACGCAUGCGCAUCAAACACAACUGUUUUCUUUUUCUCGCCAAUCUCGCACCUAAAGAUCACAAUGUACUCCUUUAGUGGUUCCCAAGGCAACCAACAGCUGGUCAAAAAGACUUAGGACACGGGGCUCGGGAUUACCUUCUCGAUAAAGCAUUCAUUUGAUGGAAAGCCAAACUUGAAUAUUAUCGUCUCUAGCACCUAGCCGUUUGUUUGUUUGUCUGUUCGAAUGUUAGACGUAACUAUUCUGUUUUGUUUGCAUAUCGAAGAAAACCAAGUUGGUCAGGCAAAUCGACGAUCAAACUAAAAUCAGUAAGUUGGAUGAGUUUAUUUGUAUCUCUCUAUUUGCUUAAAACCAUUGAUUAUUAGCUGAAUAUAACGCAGACUCGUGGCUCAGGAACGUGAUUUUAGAAUACAGCAGAGUACCGAUUUUUCGAACUCCUUGUCAAUGUGAACCACAAUUUUCCUUUUCUCUGGGAGGUUCGCAAAGAACGAAAUUCCUCUUUAAACAGCCAAAACCGUUCACUCCAACAAUCCCUCAGUGAAUAGAUGUUAGUCUAUAAAACCAAUACCAGUGUAUUACGAUCUGAAAGGGAAAAGGACUCUAGUUACACAUUUGAACAUUUUGAACCGUGGAUUAUUAAAUGGAGACGAGAGUAAUCGCCGCAGUAAUGACUUGAACUUAGUAACAUUCAAACCCAGUAGCUCUAAAAAAUGCUUGUAAAGUUACCGUGAAAAUCUUGUUUUGAUAUGUUGCUUUGUCUAAUGGAGUGGUAAGAGGGUUCUUUCUUUUUAUUUUUUACAGUUUAUUGCCAUCAUGAAACAACUCAGUGCUUCGUGAAGCAGUCACGCGAUUCUGUAGCUUUGAUAGGAGAGCGAGUCGAGGUGAAUGUUUACACUGUAACUUGCAGUUGGUUCAUUGAGAGUUACUUUACUCUGCGGGAAACGAGGUGGCUUCCGGAUCGAGGCCCGUUUCUUGAAAGUCCUAAUAAUUGUAGGCUUGAUUACCAGCCACUGUUCGGGAAUAUGAGCCCACGCCUCUCCCCCGAACCCAUUUCUCUCCUUGGGAAGGAGCCAAGACCAGACACGAGAGAGCGGCGGAAAUCAAGCCUAUGAUAAUCUGUGCCUUCGAAAAACUGAUUUUUUUGGUUACAUUUAAGUUCGAUAUAUUUAGAUAGCCCUGAGAUUCAGCCACUUUAGAUAUCAGGAAAUGAAACAAAGUUAUUAAAUUUGAGCUGAGACACGCGCUUUCCAACCACCCUACAAAUAGAGUGUAGAUUGAAGAUAGAGAUACUAAAGUUGUUUCCUCCCACCCAGCCUGAACGUUACCUAAUAGCUGGGACAUCCGUGGACAUCCCCGAAUUACCUCAAAAGAAGGACAUCAUUAGAAUGAAGGUAUGACUGACUGCCUUAUUCCAGACUGCUUUCCUACAAUUUAAAUGCUGUGUUACUUGCGUUCCCUGCUCGUUAUUUUCCUGCCUUUUGAAUCACGUGUCCUCCAUCCCUCUGAAUAUUCUGUGCUUCAACAUUAAAAGUGUUGUCACUUCAACAAGCGUUACCAAACCAGUUUUUCUCGUUUACAAUUUUUUUUGACAGGUUCACGUUGCUGGUUGGGUAAUUGAGCCCAUGCUACAAAAUGGUCAGCUGUAUUCUAUGGUGUCGUAUCUUACUCAGGUAAAGAGGUGUUCAAUGUAACGUAACUCUACAUGAACUGAGUGCAUUUCAACUGAGUGAAAAAUAAAACAAAACAGAAGUAAUCUAUGCUGCUAAAUUGAACCAACAAAAAUAUUCCAAGCAGCCAACAAAAAUCGAAUUAAAACAAGCAAACCACUUGAAGUGCUAGAAAACGCGAGUAGUCAAUGAAAGCCGCGCUUGGUUUCAUUCUUGCCACUGAUUGGUUGUGAGUGUGGCACCAAUCACAGAGCCGUAUAUAGUGAGCGAAACUUAAGCAAUCCCGAAUUACUCUUGACACUCAAAUGCCAGCUGCUGUAACUGUUAUCUCACUCCCAAGAUCUCAUAAGAAACUCUCAUUACUGUCCGCCAUAAAAUUCUCAUGAUAUCAGUUUGGAGAAUUCGGUAUUGGAUCAAGUAAUAAUCCCCUUAUUAAUAUUUGUCUUGAUUCUUAUCACUUGUCUACUUGAUAUUGUAUUCGUAUGGUAAGGAGAAAUUCUUUCUUGAUCACUCAUGGGAGUUGAAGGCUCAAGUAAUAAAUAUGUAUUAUUUUGACAUUUUUUCCAGCUUGAUUUUGGUGGUCCUUUUCCUGCUGCUAUUUUAAAUCGUGUCGGUCGUCGCCAACCACUAUGUAUCGCAUAUCUCAGAGACCACUUGGAAAAAAAGGAACGCAAAGCAUCCACGGUGUAACCAUUUAAAAUGUGCUUAGACCCUCACGUCACCAAAUAUAUGCGUGACCCACAGCUUGGGGCGAAAUAUGGACAGAGGACAAAAUUUCGGUGGAUGGGGCUUAAUGUUUGUGUCAAUAAAUUUGGGUCAUGGAAUGUUCUUCCUGAUAGGAAGUGAUCUCCUCAGUUGUAUGAACACUUAAAUUUCACAGAAGAACAAAAAACAAACAAACGAACAAACAAACCAGCAAAGAAAGCAGAAAUUUGCUAUUUUCGAGAUUCCUAAAGGUUCCGUUUUAAACCGAGGACAAGUGAAACGCCUCUGUUGUAGGAAUUUUUCAAUAUUGUUUUGAAAAUAAUAUUGUCUUUUACAAGGAACAUUUUGUACUUGCAUUCUAGAAUCAUUGUCUUGUGGAUAUCACUUGACCCACAAUUGGCAUUCACAUAUAAAGCAUGAGACUUCUAUAGUAGUUCACUUUCAUCAGAUUAUGUCAACUAAAUAUGUGAACGACGGCAUCUGAGACUCUUGGGAUGAAGUUCCACGGCAGCAUCGCGAACCAAAUAGAAAUUUACUUUCGCGAAAGUGAAUCGCGUGGAUGGGAAUUGCAUCGACCAUGAUUGAAUUGAAGUCUUGCUUUCCGCUAUUGACAUAAGUUUUUGUUGUUUGUUUGUUUGUUCGAUCUGGGGUUCUCUGAUCAGGUGCAACCACAAAUUUGAGUUACAAAAUUAAAGAAUCUUUUUGAUUAGUAUAAUUUAGAUAUAAUUGUUUAUUUCUUUUAAUUUCUGUUGAAAAUUGAUCUCAAUUGUUGUCAGCCUUAAAUGUGUUUCUUUUCUUUCAAUUUCAUCCAAAAAACCGUGAAAUAUCUUUUUAUUUUUGUUGACGAUGCUUAUUUUUUUGUUGCCGGUGUUUGUCAAAACCAUGCAACUGUGAAUCGAAUAUUCUACUUGAUCUGUAUCCUUAUCCUUUCCAAGAAGCUUUCAGACUCUUUCAGAAAGCUAGAAAGUAGUAACAAAUUAAUGAGUGAAUGGAUUGUUAAA